AUGACGGCGGCCGCGGCGGCGGCGGCCGCGGCGCUCGCGGCCACGGCGGUGCUGUCAAACCGCGGCGGAGGCAGCAACAGCAGCAGCACCGGCAGCGCCAGCGGCAGCGCAAGCAGCAGCAGCACUGGCAGCGGCGGCAGCGGCUGCAGCAGCGGCAGCCAACAAGAGUGGCCUCCCGCUGACUGCGGCGCUGCGGCGGCCGUGCAGGACGAGCCGCAAGACAUGGACCUGGAUUUCGACACCGCACUGUCGCCCCCGCGCAGCGCGCUGCGCCCGGUCUGGGGCGCCGGCAGCCCGGGGCUGGGCCCGUUUGGGGGCCACGGGUGGGGUGCGCCCUGCUCGCCUGAGUUCUGA